AUGAAAGACACAAAGAACAAACUCCCGAAAACCACAUCAGCACUCCCGCCCAGAUAUCCUACACUGCAGGCCGUGGUUUCAUCACGAGAUGAGACGGCUGCGUCAGAUCCAUCACCAGAAGGAGGAGAUGUGCUACUUUGCACCUCUGAUGCUCCGCAGAUGACUCUUCAAGAACGAGCAAACGCCUACUUUAUGUCUAACUACGUUCUUGACUCGUCUAACCUGAGCAAUAUCUGCUAUACAGGUUUUUCUGUUCUACUGGAAAUCAAUAAGGAAUCGAGACACUAUAGGCUAGCGUUUGAAGCUUGCACCAUGGCGGUAUUCAUACAAGAAACUGCAGACCGGCGUGAUCACAGAACUUUCACCACUGAGGAGUACGAUAAAGCAGUAGUAGCAACGAAUGCUGCACUUCAAGAUCCAGCCAUCAUGCACAAGGACGCAACAUUGGCAUCUGUUUUACUCCUGGCUUUAUUUGAAUGCAUCAAUCCUACGACUAGGGAUCAGCGCGCCUGGCGCAAUCACAUAAUUGGUGCUAGCAAGUUAGCUGAAGAUAGGGGCUGCCAGCUGCGUGAAACAAAAACUGGACGUGCAUUGUUAAUGGCGGUUCGCACACAAAUGAUCAUGUAUCAUCUCAUAAACCUAGAAGAAUGGGACGGCCAUGAGCUCUGGCUGGUCCAAGACGAUAUUGUGGAUGAAUAUAGUCCGACUCAAAAGCUCUGUAUCGAGGUCAGUUCGCUUGGCCGUAGGGCAAAAUCUCUUAUUGGUCCCCAGAAUGAGAAUGAUGUUGCUAGGGAAAUUCUUGAACAGUGCCUGGACCAUGAUCAAGUGUGUAAAAAUUGGUGGGAGAAGAUGCUCGAUAAUACCCAACGCAACAUGAAGCGCAAAAGACCCUGUUCGGAAUGGGGAGCUACUUCUGAUAACACAGGACUUUGGUUGUCUAUGCCUUGGAACAUGCUGACAUGUGCACGAAUCCUCUUGAACUCAAUUAUCAUUAGAUGCGCAGCAUGCAUCCAUGGGCACGCCAGUUAUACAACGACUAAAGAAUUUCUUGACGCGUUUGCUAUUUUGAAGGAAAUUCUUUUCGACGAUUUCACCACCAACAAACGCCAACUGAGCCGGGCCUCAGAGGCGUCGUCUUCAUCCGCAAACUUGAUGGAAGAGAAGUCAUUACCAGGAUUCCGACGACAUUCUAUGGCCUGGCCAAUUGCCUUUAUCUGGUCUCUAGAUUGCCUCACCGAUGAUCAGAAAACCGCUUUCGCUGAGCAAAUAGAACACAUUGGGCUACAGCAUGAACUUCAUAGCAUCCUGUUAUUCCAGAAUGAGAAGACGGGAUUGCCACCGUAUAUGUCUGAAGACUUGCCCUACGCUACCUCACGGGCGCCUGGCUCCUGCUGCGCCACGGUGAUAACGAUUGCAUCCUCACCCGCCAGCGUGAACAGCUGUGAUGACUUCGACAAUGUUGAAUGGAACAACCGCAGCAACCCUGACAAACCUCCUUCGACACACAAUCAUGAUAAUGUCAGUAUUGAAUCGAAUGUUUCGACUUCCGCUUCAUUGCAACAGGCGACUGGACAGAAGAAGCCUGAGACAACGCCUCUACCCACGCCGUUGGCUACCAGCCGUCUUGAUGCACUCCUUUCUCACUACGAAAACCCUGUCAAUGAGCAGGUGAAAUCGUGCCAGCGCCAUGGUUCACCAGAUAAGUUUGUUGAGUCUCCUUCAGGUCAACCCGAACCGAACCAUGAGGCUAGCUACUCGAAUAUGAAACCCGCCGGUAAACCCCAGCGCAGAAUUUCGAAAUAUGGGGUCCAGGGGCGGGGGUACAAUACUCGAAGCGCGGCCUCGCAAUCUCGUGGAAAGAAACACGCUUUGGCCCCGACGCUCAAACCGUUCGAGUACAAGGGUUUAGGGGAUGCGCGUCAAACAUCAAACGGAUCCAUUGAAGUUGAAGUACUUUGGGCGCCCAGCUUUUUGGCAUGCGACCAAUUACGUGGGAAGGAGGCCAUAGAGGAGGCAAAGGAUCUAGUGAUCAAAAAGUUUGGUCAUACUGUAUGGGAACGGGAGAGGUCUACCACUGGCGUGAAGGGCCUGCGGUCAGCUUAA